AAACUUGCAAAAUCUCUAUUCUGGUCGUCUUCCGGGGGCUUAUCAGGCACGCCGCCAGCGCCGACCUCCGGCCAUCGGUCGUAGACCAUGUACUGAUGUACCUUUGCUGAAAGACAUGGCUUCAGUUUAUCUCUCUGAUUAUUUUCAUGAUUACGGUACUGCUGUUGAUGUCCAUCGGAUGCUCACGAGCCUAUCUGGUGUCAGAAGUUUGUCAUUGGAUAUUGAUGAGGUAAAUAAGGGAAGAUGGCAUCACAAACCAUCAAAACCCAGCGUGCCGGUGCGGAGGUCGUCAAUGGUGAUACCGCCGGCAAGAAGAGGUCCAUUGAGCUGCUCCAGGAGCUCGGCCUUCCCAAGGGCCUGUUCCCCUUGGACGACAUUGAGGAGUUCGGCUACAACAGUGCGAGCGGUUUCAUGUGGAUUCUCCAUAGGAAGAAGAAGGAACAUACCUUCAAGAAGAUCAAGCAGACCGUCUCCUAUGCCACCGAGGUGACUGCUCUCGUCGAAAAGGGUAAGCUGAAGAAGAUUGCAGGGGUGAAGACCAAGGAGCUGAUGCUGUGGCUCAGUGUUGUUGAGGUCUAUGUUGAGGAGUCAUCUGCUGGGAAGAUCACCUUCAAGACCGGAACUGGUCUCUCUGAUAGCUUUGAUGCGUCAGCCUUUGAGCAUGAUGUGUAGAUUAUUGGCUAGUUUCGAAUGGCUAAAUAUCCUAUGUUUUUUUUUCCUUAGUUGGACUUUUUCUUCUUCUCUUUUCAUGUUCUUGGCUUCAUAAUUAAAAUAAAUGGUGCAAAAUUCUGUAACCUGAUAUGAAUUUAUGAACACGUCAAAUU